GGUUGCAAAAAGAGACAGAUUUCUCCCCUUUAAACGAAACUUUUAGCAUUUUCAACAUUUUCAGCUUUGCGAAUUAAUCGGUCAAACUUGCCACUCGGAUCAACAACCAGAGAUAAAUGUUCAAUUUCGAACUUAAUAUAAAUGAUAAGCUUAAUUUGUUUUGCCCACUAGGUACGUCUUUGGCCACACAGGCAAAUUAUUCAGGUGAGCCGUCAUGUACACUAAAAUGGUAGAACGAAGUUCUAAAGUAAUUCAGUACUACAAGCAACAUCUUAGCAUUGCCAAAGCAGUGGGGAACAGGACCGAAGAAGGACGUGCCUACUGCAAUCUUGGGAUUACUUCCCGUAGGCUUGGUGAUCUUAAACAAGCCAUCGAAUACCACAAGCAAGAACUUUGCAUUGUCAAGGAGCUGGGUGACAGGGCUAGAGAAGGGGCUGCUUAUGGCAAUCUGGGGAAUGCUUAUCAUAGCGUCGGUGACUUCAAACAAGCCAUAUGGCACCACAAGCAAGAUCUUAGCAUUUCCAAAGAGGUUGGGGAUAGGGUCGGCGAAGGAUCUGCUUAUGGUAAUCUGGGCAAUGCUUAUCAUCGCCUGGGAGAUUUUAAACACGCUCUAAAUUACCACCAGCAACGUCUUAGCAUUAUGAAGGAAUUGGGAAAUAAGGCUGGAGAGGGAGCUGCCUAUGGCGACCUUGGCAAUGCUUAUUUUCGUCUAGGUGAUUUUAAACAGGCCAUUGAGUACCACCAGCACAACCUUUCUAUUGCCAAAGAGGUAGGGGACAGGGUUGGAGAAGGAGCUGCCUACGGAAAUCUUGGCAAUGCACAUUAUAGUCUCGGCCAAUUUCAAGAAGCAGUAGAGUACCACAAACAGCAUCUUCGUAUUGCAGACAAUUUGGAGGACAGAGCUGGUAAAGGAAGUGCCUUUUGUAAUCUUGGCAACGUUCACGAUGCUAUCGGUGAUUUUGAACAAGCCAUAACGUAUCACAUGAAAUAUCUUGCCAUUGCCAAAGAAAUAGGAGACAGUGCGGGCGAAGGAACUGCCUAUGGCAAUCUGGGAUGUGCCUUUCGCGGUCUUGGGGAGCACGAACAAGCCAUAGUAUACUAUGAGCAACAUUUGAAUAUCGCUAAUGAAGUUGGGGACAGGGCUGGCCAGGCAUUCGCAUGUUAUUUUUUAGGUUAUUCGUUUGAAUUAUUGGGUUCUUUACGCAAGGCUAUCGAGUACUAUAGGUCCAGUGUAAAUCUCUACAAUGACAUGCGAGCUCUUCUUUUCUCCGAAGAUGAGUGGAAGAUAAGCUUUCGCAGUUUACAUCAACAUGUGUACACUGCUCUGUGGACUACUUUACUCAAGAUUCAAGACACUGACGAGGCUUUGUGUGCUGUUGAGCAAGGACGAGCACAGGCUUUGACAGAUCUCUUGAACUUCCAAUAUGGCUUUAGGGUGUCUCCAUCAAGCUCAUUUGCACACAGAGAAACCCUCUCUUACUUCUUAAGAGAUGUGUCUCAACUAACAGUAUUUGUAGCACUUGAAGGAGACACAAUCAAUUCUUGGGUUUUCUGCAAGGGAAAUGGAGUUCAAUUUAGACAAAAGAAGAUAGACAAUAUACCUGCAGGUGAAGAUGCUACAACCAAGUUACAAAAUUUAAUGAAAAUAGCUUUCGGAGAAAAUGGCAUUGGUUUGCCUGUUAAAUGCGAGAAUCGUUCAUUGGAUGAGCUAAGAGGUGACGAGGGGUUGCUGCUUAAUACCCAUUCUUGUCAGGAUACGUUGCAUUCCACAUCAUUCUAUGACAAUAAUAACCAGUCUUUGCGACAACUGUACGAUGUUGUCAUUGGUCCUUUCGCAGACCUGCUUGUAGGGAACGAAAUAAUCAUUGUUCCAGAUGGUCCAUUGUGCAUGGUACCUUUUGCAGCAUUUGUAGAUCCGGAUUCCAGGUACCUAAACGAUACUUUUAGGAUCCGCAUUGUCCCCUCGCUAACUAGCUUAAAACUGAUCAAAGACUCUCCGCAGGACUACCACAGACAGGACGGGGCGCUGAUUGUGGGAGACCCAUGCGUAGUGGAAGUUACCAACAAGCGAGGUAAGCCCAUUUUGUCGCAGUUGACACACGCCAGAAUUGAAGUAAGGAAGAUAGGAGAAAUACUCAACACUCCACCCCUCAUUGGAAGAGAAGCAACGAAAGAAAAUGUGUUGAAACAAAUCUGUUCAGUUGAGUUAGUACACAUUGCAGCGCAUGGGGACGCACGAACGGGUGAAAUCGCUUUGGCUCCAAAUCCCGGAUGGACUUCCAGAAUCCCUAAAGAAGAGGAUUAUAUUUUAAAAGUGGCAGAUGUGCAAGCUGUUCAAUUGCGAGCAAAGCUUGUUGUGCUAAGUUGCUGUCAUAGUGGUCGGGGGACGGUUACUGCUGAAGGCGUGGUUGGUAUCGCGCGAGCUUUUUUGGGUGCAGGUGCUCGUUCUGUUCUGGUUUCACUUUGGGCAAUUGAUGACAAGGCCGCCAUGGAGUUUAUGAUAAGGUUUUACACAAAUCUGAGUUGUGGGUAUAGCGCCAGUUUAUCCUUAGAUCGGGCUAUGAAAUCUCUUAGAGUGACAGAGAAGUUUGGCGCCGUUAAAUACUGGGCUCCAUUUGUACUCAUUGGUGAUGACGUCGAGCUCCACUUUGGACAAAAGGAAUAAGAGCUUUGUAGGUAGCUACAGGAGCCGAUGACCUUUGGUCUUGAAGUACUGAUAUAUGUAAAGUAAUGAAGCUCAACACUUUGCAUGGACACCAAAAAAUCGCUCAAUCUUACUAAGGACCCAGGACCCAGUAUGUUCAUAAUAGACGCAUAAUGUUCAUAAUUAGUUUACAGUCGAACCGUUAUAAGCGUCUGUACACGUAACUGUUUCUUUGGCUUUUGUUAGCGUUAUGGAGCGUAUUAUAACCACCAUUGUUCUACUUUUUCUCCAAUUGCAUUUGUUUGUACUUAUAUUUGAUAAACUGAAAACUGGACCACGCCCUUCGUUGUCUUCGGGUGAACCUCUAUUAAACAGCCCCCUCUAUUAAUUAGUUGGGGCGCAGCGCGAAAAUCAGCGCGCGAAAAUGUAAAAAAGGCGCGGUGAGAGCAAGCACCGCGCUUUUUUUAUUUUUUCGCGUGCUGUUUUCCGCGCUGCGCCCCAACUCACUGAACGUCUGGAAGAGGCUAUUAAGCGGCCAGUUGUCUCGUCCCCGUGCGUGGUCGCUCAAUAGAGGUUCGACCGUACUAUAAAAUAUACCUUUUGAAAUGGUCAAUUAUUUUCGUUCUCAAAAUAUUUUUCGACUGUCUCAGGCAAUUGACCAUGCACAAAAUCAUUGCAAAGUCAAAUUACGGAGUCAAGUUAGUCAAAUUAGGGAGUGAAUUGCGUUGCUUGUGUCCUGCUUAGGUUUUGAUAAAUUCACUUUCAAGUAUAAAACAGCAUU